AUGCCUGUCGGAGGCGGGCUUCCAGGAGUACUAGAGGGUGUGGAGCGCAUCGUCCUCGUCGUAGCUAUUGGUGAGAGUACUGCUACAGCCAGGCUCCUCGCCGAUGCUGCGGGCGUGGUGGGCCUCAACCAUGAGCACGGAGAUUACCGGGUAGACCUCGGUGACGGCAAUGCCUUCACUGUGGGCUGCACGCUUCGGAUGCCCUGCCACUGCGAUGCCACGGAGAACGCCUACUCAUGUGUUGCAUGCUUCCCCGAGGAUUAUGCGCACGCCCGGGGGCGCACGACGUACGACAACACGGCUGGCGUCAUCGCUAGCCGGCACGGGAAACCCAUGGGAUGGCUCUGGAGCAUGGAUGCCACGGCCUCAUUUGGUCAUGACCCGGGCCGUGGGUGGAGGAGUUUUAUGACAAGGAUGGCCCGCAUGAAAGUGCUGACAUGGCAUAAUAGUGUCACGCCCUCCAUCUCGAGCAGGAGCUCCUCCUCCCCGCCCUGCAGCCCGCACCUGGUCGCGCUGCACACCGCCUUCGACGACGCCCGCACCGUGCACCUCGUCGUCGACCUCUGCGCCGGCGUUGGCCUGCUAUCGCUCAUCUCCGCCCGCGGCGGCCAACUCCCCGAGCACGAGGCGGCCGGGCUGGCCGUGCAGCUCGCGUCCAUGCUCGCCGCUUGCCACCACCUCGGGGUCGCGCACCACGACAUCAAGCCCGACAACCUCCUCUUCGACGCUGCCACGUGCGCGCUCAAGCUCGCUGACUUCGGCUCCGCGGAGUGGUUCGGGGACGAGCGGCCCAUUUCGGGCCUCGUUGGCACGCCAUACUACGUGGCGCCUGAGGUGGUCGCCAGCAGGGAGUACGGGGAGAAGGUGGACGUGUGGAGCGCCGGGGUGGUGCUCUACAUGAUGCUCUAUGGGGUCGUGCCCUUCUACGUCGCCACCGCGCCCGAGAUCUUCGAGGCCGUGCUCCGCGGCAACCCGCGCUUCCCGCCGCGCACCUUCGCCGGCGUCUCGCCCGAGGCCAAGGACCUGAUGCGCCGCAUGCUCUGCAAGGACGUCUCCCGUAGGCUCUCCGCAUGCUCUGCGACGAGACACACAUAA